GUGUCCCCGUGAAGGUCACCAAUGCCGGGGACAGAGCCACUCAUUGCUCAGCCCUGGAGCUCUUCAUGUACCUGAACGACAUCGCGGGCAAGCACGGUGUUGGGCGCAUUGAUAUUGUGGAGAACCGCUUUGUUGGGAUGAAGUCCAGAGGUAUCUAUGAGACCCCAGCGGGAACGAUCCUAUACCAUGCACAUUUAGAUAUGGAGGCCUUCACCAUGGACCGAGAAGUACGGAAAAUCAAGCAGGGUCUCGCCUUGAAAUUCUCCGAGCUGGUGUACAAUGGCUUCUGGCACAGCCCCGAGUGUGAGUUCGUGCGGGAGUGCAUCGAUCGCUCGCAGGAGGCGGUGGUGGGCACCGUGCGCCUCUCCGUCCUCAAGGGCCAGGUCUACAUCCUGGGCAGAGAGUCCCCACGGUCGCUCUACAACGAGGAGCUGGUGAGCAUGAAUGUGCAAGGGGACUACGAGCCUGCCGACGCCACCGGCUUCAUCAACAUCAACUCACUGAGGCUGAAGGAAUAUCAUCAUCUCCAGAGCAAGGUCACCGCAAAGCAGGAUGAAUAGCAAUCAAUCGCACGCGAGCCUCCUGCUCCCCUUUCUAAUUUCUCUAAGAACUAGCACUAAUUGUGGUGGUAAUUUGUAAUUGUAACUCGUCUCCCCGGAGUCACGGCAGAGGUGAUGGCUUUGUUACGGGG